AUGAAGUCAACAACAUUUAUAAUAAUAACAAUCGUAUUAGCUAAUAUUUUAAUUUGUAAUGGAGACUUUCAAAUUAAAACACCUUAUUCUUAUUCUUUUUUUAAAUUUCCAACAGUAUUAAAUAAGAAGUUAUCAUCAGUAGAAUUUCAAAUUACUAUUAAUACAGACCCAGGAUUUUAUUCAAAUAUUUUUUGGUCUUUUCAAUUUGAUUUGUUUGGUGGAUCGUCAUCAGGACAUAUUGGCAUUCGAUCAAAUGGAGGGACGACAAGACAAUUUAUCUUUUCAGUUUGGGAUGCAAUAGAUAGCUUUUCAAAUUCAUCAAACACUAAAUGUAGUACUUUUAAUGGUGGCGAGGGAGAAAAGGGACAUCAUUGUGUAGUUGAAUGGAAUUGGCAAGUUGGACACCCUUACAAAUUUACAAUAUCACAAUCCCCCAACAAUCUAUUGAAUGCAUCAGUCAUUGAUAUAAAUGAAAACAAAACAUAUCAAUUGGGUUCAAUUAAAUCUACAUCCAAUUUUAUAUCAACUGAAAACAUGUUGGCAAUGGUUGGUUAUUUUGAUAAUGGAGAAAAUGCAAAUUGUGAAAAUCAACCAUAUUCAUCUGCAAGUUUUGAUUUACCAAGAGGAUAUUCAAAUGGGUCACAACAUAUGGGAGUAUUUUCAAGUACAGAUUACAAUCCAAAUUGUCAAAAUGUAGCAGUUACCAUUAUCGGAUUGGAUAAUAUAGUUAAACAUUUGUUGGGUACUGGUAAUUCUGUCCGAUCGAUUAUAACUCCACAUGCAGGUUAUCCAAAAAAAUCAGAUACUUGUUUGGGGAUGACAAAUGAUGGUCAAGUAUUGGUAACAAGUUGUACAUCCAAUAUCCAACAACAAUGGGUAAUGUCUGCCGAUGGAAGUAUUAGAUCCAACAAUGAUUAUUGUUUGGAUAUUGGUGGAGGUAGUCUUGCUCAGAAUGCAUCUGUUAUUGCUUAUCCAUGUCAUGAUGGUACCAAUCAGAAAUGGAAAAUAGAUGGAUAUCGAUUAAAGAGUCAAUAUAGUGGUUACUGUAUCACCCAUGCCAACACACAUGACAUUAAAGUUUCAUCUUGCGAUUCUGAUCAACAAGAAUGGAAUCUUCCCUAUCUCUACUAA